AUGCUCUCCCGCUCCCUGCGCCUGCGGUCGAGAGCUCUUGGAGCUCUCCCCCUCUCUUCGAGGAGUCAUGGCCGCCUCCUCUCCACCACUGCCCUCCGCGCCGCCGAUGACAAGCUCAACAAGGUCUCCGCCAACAUCACCCAGCCCAAGGCCCAGGGUGCCUCCCAGGCCAUGCUGUAUGCCACCGGCCUCUCUGAGGAUGACAUGAACAAGGCUCAGGUCGGCAUCUCGUCCGUCUGGUACGAGGGAAACCCUUGCAACAUGCACUUGAUGGACUUGUCCGCCAUUGUCAAAGAGUCGGUGGCCAAGGCUGGUCUGAUUCCCUACCGCUUCAACACCAUUGGUGUUUCUGAUGGUAUCUCUAUGGGUACUACUGGUAUGCGAUACUCCCUUCAGAGCAGAGAGAUUAUCGCCGAUAGUAUCGAGACUGUCAUGAACGGCCAAUGGUACGAUGGCAACAUCAGCUUGCCCGGUUGCGACAAGAACAUGCCUGGUGUUGCUAUCGCCAUGGGUCGUGUGAACCGCCCCAGCAUCAUGGUCUAUGGUGGAACUAUCCGUCCAGGCUGCACCAAGGGUGGUGAGCCCAUUGAUAUCGUUUCUGCUUUCCAGGCCUACGGUCAGUACAUCACUGGAGAGAUCACCGAAGAGGAGCGCUUCGACAUUAUCCGACACGCCUGCCCCGGUGGUGGCGCUUGCGGUGGCAUGUACACUGCCAACACCAUGGCCACCGCCAUCGAGACUCUGGGUUUGACUCUUCCCGGUAGCAGCAGCAGCCCUGCUGAGGACCCUAGCAAGAAGGCCGAGUGCGAGAAGAUUGGACCUGCUAUCCGCAACAUUCUCAAGGAGGACAUCCGACCCCGCGAUAUCAUGACCCGCCAGGCCUUCGAGAAUGCCAUGAUUGUCACCACUAUCCUUGGUGGCAGCACCAACGCCGUCCUCCACUUGAUCGCUAUCGCCGACUCUGUUGGUAUCAAGCUUGACAUUGAGGACUUCCAGAAGGUCUCUGACCGCACUCCUUUCCUUGCCGACCUGAAGCCUUCCGGCAAGUGGGUCAUGGCGGAUAUGCACAAGAUUGGUGGUACUCCUGCUCUGCUCAAGUUCCUCAUCAAGGAGGGUAUCAUUGACGGCUCCGGUAUGACUGUUACCGGUAAGACCAUGAAGGAGAACGUCGAGAACAUGCCCAGCUUCCCCGAGGACCAGACCAUUAUCCGACCCCUCAGCAACCCUAUCAAGCCUACCGGUCACAUCCAGAUCCUCCGCGGUUCGCUGGCCCCUGGUGGCUGUGUCGGAAAGAUUACCGGCAAGGAAGGUCUCCGAUUCGCGGGUAAGGCCCGUGUUUACGACUCGGAGCCUGCCUUCAUUGCCAGUCUUGAGGCUGGUGAGAUUAAGAAGGGCGAGAAGACUGUCGUUAUCAUCCGUUAUGACGGACCCAAGGGUGGUCCCGGUAUGCCUGAGAUGUUGAAGCCCUCUUCUGCUAUUAUGGGUGCUGGUCUUGGCAAGGACGUUGCUCUUCUUACUGACGGCCGUUUCUCUGGUGGUUCUCACGGUUUCAUCAUUGGCCACAUCGUCCCCGAGGCCAUGGAGGGUGGUCCCAUCGCCCUCGUCGAGGAUGGUGACUCUAUCGUCAUUGACGCUGAGAAGCGCGCCAUUGACCUCGAGAUCUCUGAUGAGGAGUUUGCCCGCCGUCGCAAGGCAUGGAAGGCUCCUCCUCCUCGUUACACCAAGGGAACGCUCAGCAAGUACGCCCAGCUCGUCAAGAACGCGAGCGAGGGCUGCGUCACCGACAGCGGUCUGACUAACUAA